AUGGAUAUUAUUGGUGACAAAAGAAAUGAAGAGGACAUCAUGAAUAUUGAGGAAGUUAGAAGUACUGAUCACCAGAUGAAUAGAACAAAUAACCACACUGGUAACAUCACUAAUCCACAAGAGUUUACAGAGAAGGAUGUUGCAGAAUUAAGAAAACAAAGUCAAGAGAUGGAGAAAGGAAGUGCAGGUGAUCAAGUGGAACAAAUGGACUUAGCGCCUCUAGAGGACAGAAAUGAGGAGCAAAAUGAUCACAAACAUGCCCCUGUAGAAGAGUACCACUCUGCUGAUCAACAGGAAACUAACAACCACAGUGACAAUGAGAUUUCCCUGGAUAAUCAGGGCAAUCUCUCAUUUCUAAAAAUAUGGUGUGGUCACAAGGACUUCACCAAUAUAGUCAAGGAAUAUUGGGAUACUCCUACCCAAGGGACAUCAAUGUGGCAAUUCCAUAACAAAAUGAAAGCUGUGACUAAGAAGCUAAGUUACUGGUCAAGGGAAGCCUAUGGAGAUAUUUUCAGAGAUGCCAAGGAAGCUGAGAAGGAGAUCAAAGCACUGGAAAAGAAGCAUAAUGAAGACAACAAUGAUGAGAACAGGACUGCUCUUAACAAAGCAAAAGCUGAGUUCACAAGGCUCUUAAAAAACCAGGAUGAAAUAUACAGACAGAGAGCUAAGGCUAAAUGGCCGAAGGAUAGAGAGAAGAACACAUCUUAUUUCCAUAAGGUUAUUAAAGAUAGGAGAAGAAGGCUGAAUAUUCACAACAUUCAGGACAAUGAAGGACUCAAUAUUAUGGGACAUGAUGGUAUAGCCAAAGCAGCAAUAAAGCACUUUGAAGAAUUGUUCACCUACCAGGAAAUCAAGGGAAGUUUCAAAAUCCUGGACCAACUCCCUAAGCUAGUUACUGAAGACAUGAACUACAUGCUCAUUGCUGAACCAUCCAUACCAGAAAUAAGGAAUGCCAUCAAAAACAUUGGCCCAGACAGUGCACCAGGCCCUGAUGGUGCACCAGUCCCCAGAAUAGGCCAGAUACUUCCUUCAAUAAUAUCACCCAACCAAAGUGGUUUUAUUCAAGGAAGGUCAAUAACUGAUAUCAUUUUACUUGCUCAAGAACUUGUACAGGAUAAUCCUAAGCCUAAUGAUCAUGCUAAUAUUGGUCUCAAACUUGACAUGGCCAAAGCAUAUGAUAAGGGGCUAAGGCAAGGUGACCCCUUGUCCCCUGCCUUACUUGUCAUUUGUGCUGAACUACUUUCUAGACUACUUAAUAACCUUUCUUUGGAUGAGAACUACACAGGUUAUUACAGGCCCAGAAAUGGUCCAAGUAUUACACAUCUAGCAUUUGCAGAUGAUGUGAUACUCUUCACCUCAGGUCAACAGGUUAAUAAGAGCAAAAGCUGUGUGGCAGUGGCACUAACAGCAAUGCACCUGUUGGCUGCAAUGAAACCGCCUAAGGGCACCUUUGAGAAACUGGAAGGGGCCAUAAACAGUUUCCUAUGGAAUGAUAAUGACACAAAGAGGAAAUACCACUGGAGCAAAUGGGAAAGCAUAUGUCUUCCAUAUGAAGAGGGUGGAGUAGGUUUCAGGUGUCUGAGAGAUGUUAGUGAAGCAUUUAUUGCUAAACAGUGGUGGAAUUUCAGGACCAAAGAGUCAAUGUGGAAGGAGUAUAUGAUGGCAAAGUAUUGCUCAAGAGUAAAUCCUAUUAUCAGGAAAAUAGUUGGGGUUCAUUCUCAGAACUGGAGGUCCCUAGGCAAGGUCAAAAAUCAAUUAGAGGACAACAUAGUAUGGCAGAUAGGUCAAGGAAGGGUGUCCUUCUGGUAUGACAACUGGUUAGGAGAAGGAGCACUGUAUAAGCUACUGCCUGAGGAUUAUUCUCUUAACAAUAUCAAAUUAGAUGAGGCUUAUGAAGAUGGCACAUAG